AUGACUCAACCACCUCGUGCAAACGGGGACCAAGCCGGGGUCCAGGAUGACCUCCUGGACCAGGUGCUGCGUGAGGGCCUGGCAUCACGGGGCGGCGGCGAUCCCGCUGCCGAGAUUCAGCGAUCACGCAAGCUCCUGUCGGUGCUGUUCGACCAAUGCGUCCUCCGUCCACCAGAACAGGUCGACCAGACCGCCCUAGAGCGAACACACCUCACGCUCUCGAUCCUCGCACGCCAGAGCUCACAGAACCCGGAGCUGCUCGUGUCCGAGUCGGACGGCAGGCCAUUCUACACUUUCCUCCUUACGCGCCUCGUCAUCGCCGCGGCGCAGACAGAGGUAGCCGACACACCCCGGCUCGAACUGGUGGCAGCGUUCGUCGCAGCUGCUGUGCGCAUUCUGCGUACAAUGGCGAGCGACGUCUUGGACCACGGCGAGACGUACAUGCGUGGGCCGCCUCGCGUCACCAACGCCCUGCGCGACAUGGUGCGCUACGUACGCGACUCGUUUGACCUGAAGGACGCACCGAUGCUCGGGCACGCAGACAUGCCGACCGUCACAGGCGGAGUGACACAGCUCAUCGUACUCAACAUCGUGCUGCAGACUCCGGCGCCGUUCUCCAGCGACGUUCAGCUGGCCGCUGCGCGCAUACUGUCUGAUCUUGCACGGAGAUUUACCCGCCUCCCUCCAGAUCGGCAGGCACGCUAUGCCGCGGUCGUGACAGCCGCCAUUCCUCUCGCACCAGUCCGGCACGUACUCUCUCGGGCUGCCGUCGCCGUGGCGCAGUGGCCGGAGAUCGACAACGACGCGUGGCAGAAGGCGGUUGAAGAGCUCGUGAACAAGGUCGAGGUGGAUGGAGACGCGUCGCUCCACCGCGACGUCUGGCAGGGUCUUUUGCCCUCCCUGUCGCUGCCGGAGGGGAGCGCGAUCAAGCUCGACUCGCGCGUCGGUCGGGCGAAGAUCAUGCUCCUCCUCGAGCCCACUGCACCGCACCUCUCCAUUGCGCUCAUACGCAAGACACUCCCCAAGAGUUGUCUCCAACGAUGGGCCCAGGACGUCACCGCCGCUCAUGCCGAGCUGCGCGAUCGUCUUGGACGAUACACAGAGCUUCCGCCGCCGACAUCACGAAAACGCAAGCGCGCGCUGAACCCCGUCGAAGAACGCGCCCUCACCUUCCUCCACUCUAAAGUCCCAGAGCUUAAGAUAGAGUCAGUCGACAGCCUCCGACACUCGCUUGCUGAUCUCGAACCCUCAAUAGCCCUCAAGCUCUUAGGCACGACACCGAUGAUUGCGUGCGCGCUGUGCCAGUGUGCAGACACGCACGGUAAGCUGCCGUCCGACUUUGUCCGCAAGCUCCUUGAGGCCGGCUGCCGGUUGCAAGACGAGCACGCUCUCAUGCGCGCCCUCAGUAUCUUGUUCACUCACACGAAUAAGGGCGACGUGUCCUUGCUUGCGUGGCAUACACCUCUCGCGCGCGCAUGGGAGGCUUUCUCCUCCCCUGACCGCCGGACACGGAUUGCGUCCGGAAACCUCCUGUCCGCCAUAUACCUUAACCUCCUUUCCUCUCCUGACCCUGAUACACAAUUCCGGGCGAAGAGCGAGCUGCUGAAACGCAUCUCACCAUUGCUCGGCAACUCCCGCUACGCUGUCCUCGAGACGGCAAUAUUACUGCUUGGUGAUCUGGGCCGGAAAGUGGACGACAAGCACCUGUACGGCGUCCUUGAACUCCUCCUGCAGCAGUUCGGGUCACCAAGCCAACCCAUCCGCGCGAUCGUAUACACACAGCUCGUUGACAUUGCGACACAUCGUGGGAAACAGCCCUAUACGCUACUCGCGCCAUACCUUGACCGCGUCGGUGUGCUGCUCGCCGAGUGCCUUGUCCCUCAUCCCUCUGCGGUGGCGGAGACCAUGCAGCUCAUCGGCUUCAACCGUCAGCCCUUCUUCAGCCACCACCUCGUCCGAAAAGCAGUCGUGCCAGCGCUUGUCCUUCGUCAGGACCGGGCUGCUUUGGAUAUUCUCGCCACGAUCCUGGGGAAAGCGCUGGGCCUCAUCCUCAUCGAUGAUGCCGCCGACGUCCUCGCCAAGGUCUUCCUCACGCCAGUAAAGACCAACCCCUCCAUCUCUUUCCUGGCCAAGGUACUACGCGAGAGCACGCACGAUCCUGAUGACUCCACGACCAUCGGGCGGUACAUCCAGGCCUAUCGCGUCAACCUCAUAGCUGCUCUCGUGACCGAGCUUGGCGACGAGGAUGGGGCGAGGAGAGAGACGGCCAAAGACGCGCUCAAGAUGGUCCAACGCAAAGAUAUACUCAGCCCGAGCGACCCGGGCGAUCUUGGAUCAUAUCUCAAACCGCACAUGGUCGGCGCGCUCGCCGAGAUGACUGAACAGCUGGUUCUACUCCGUUCGCACGCAGACAUACGCCGCAAGAUCGUCCGCAGCCUUGGCGAGCUGAUCUCACUCGUUGGCGACUCGAUGGCGUCCUUCUCCCCUCAGAUCAUCGCCAGUCUGCAGAGCACGUUGUGCCAGCCCGAGCUUCGACUGCAGGCGCUGCAGACGUGGCACCGCUUCGUCGACCUCAUGAAGUACGUCGACGUAGGCCCGUACAUUGGUGCUACCAUCGCCGCCUUCGUGGCGGAAUGGUCGAACUUCACACCCGAGGAGCGUCAGGUGGCAGUCUCGAUCGUCGAGCUCAUCGACGGCAACCAUCGACAUCUGCAGGCGUUCAAGGACGACAUUGUGUUGUUCGACCACAUCGAUGAGCUCAAGCCGUUCCGCAAGAACCUCUUGUCGUACCGUAAGAAAUGGCCGACGAAGAUGUAUCUCAGCAAGCUCCUCGAGCGGACAAGCAGCAAGAAUAUCGCGAUUGCAACCGCGUCCGUGCGUGAGCUCCGAUGGCUCCUCCAGACCCAAGGUCCCGACGUGAUGCAGCUGGCGCGUGGCGACACAUUCGACCCAAUCAUGGGUCAGCUUGUGCAGUCGCUGGUAAGUGCUUCCUCCACAGACGGCGACAGCCAGGAGCUCCGCGACCUCAGCUAUGAGUGCUUUGGCAUCUUGGGUGCUCUGGACCCGGACCGAUUCGUCACACGAUCCGACGAGCCGUCCAUGACAAUCACGUCCAACUUCACCGACCGCGAGGAGUCGAUUCAGUUCGCCCUUCACCUAAUUCGCGACCUUCUGACCACCGCGUUCCGCGCCACCAAUGACACCAAACACCAGAAGACGCUGUCGUUUGCGCUCCAGGAGCUGCUCAAGUUCUGCGACUUCGGUGUCGGCCUCGUCAACCGCGGUGCCCGCGUUCCACUGCAGGUGCGACAGAGAUGGGAGGCCCUGCCCAAGGACGUGCUGGAGACUGUCACGCCCUUCCUGGACACCCAGUUCGUGUUGAACAAGGACAAGAAGAGCUCGUUCGAGUAUCCGAUCUACCCGACCACGCAGACAUACCGCGAGUGGAUCCAGGCCUGGACGGUCGAUCUCAUCGGACGCGUCAUGGACUUCCAGACCGGUGACCGCAGCGACGCGCAGACCAUCUUCGCAGCGUUCAACACGGAGGCACAUUCUCAAGACGUAGCUGUCGCCAACCACAUUCUCCCUCACCUGGUCCUCCACGUUCUCUUAUCUGGCGACGAGUCAAUCCGCAGCAAUAUCCGUCGCGAGAUCGACGACGUGCUGACGGACAUCGUGAGCUCCAGCAAGGAGAGCCUUGGUGACAAGCGCACCAACAGCGCCCACGUUAUCUUCAACCUUAUGGACCAUUUGAGCAAGUGGCUCCGACUCGCCCGCGGCGAUAAGAGGCGAUCAUCCCACGUACUGCCAGUCGAGAAGCUCCUCGCCGGUAUAGACACGGAGCUGGCGGCCAACGCAGCCCUCAAGUCUCGGGCGUACGCACGCUCCCUUCGUAACUUUGAGGAGCGCGUCAUCUAUCUGCGCCAGCGCAACAAGCAGAGCGAUUCCGAUCUCCAACCCUACUUUGAGAGCUUGCACGAGAUCUACGCCGAGCUAGACGAGCCGGACGGCAUGGAGGGCGUGUCUACAGCAGUGGUGUCGCCGACCCUCGAGUUGCAGAUUCGUGAACACGAGAGCACGGGCCGGUGGACAUCAGCUCAGAGCUGCUGGGAGGUGCGCCUGCAGCAAUCACCUGCUGAUCUCAACUUGCACGUCGGGCUGCUCAAGUGUCUCAAGAAUCUCGGUCAUUAUGACACGUUGCGAACGCAUAUCCGCGGCGUGCUCAGUCGCAACCCGGAGUGGAGCGCCGAACUGGCUCCGUUCCAGGCCGAGGCGGCGUGGACGAUCGGUGACUGGGAGACGGUCCGCUCAAUCUCCAAUCCGCCACCCAUCGCUAAGGUCUUCUUGGCUAUCCAGUCUGCAGGAAACGUUCCGGAAUCGCUGAAGCUGGCUCGCCGUGAUAUUGGCUCUUCCAUCGCCGCUGGCGAUUAUUCGCGGUCGUACGACUCAGUCCUGCAGCUGCAUCUGCUGCGCGAGGUUGAGAUGAUCCACUCUGCCGACCUGGAGCUGUCCAGGCCGGGACAAUUCGCCAACACCCAAAACGCCAAUGCCAUCAACCAGCGUCGCGUGGACGGCCUGAUUGCGUCGUUGGCCGAGCGCUUUGAGACGACACUACCCUCGUUCCAUGCCCGCGAGGAGAUUCUCAGCCGUCGGCGUGCAACCUUCAGUCUCGUCAAGGUGCCCCAUCUGUCCCAGGAGCUCGGUCAGUCAUGGAUCCAGAGUGCCAAGAUCGCACGCAAAUCGGGAUAUGAUCAGACAGCGUACAGCGCGGCACUACAAGCGCGCGAGGCGGAGGCGCCCUUUGCGUUCAUUCAGCAGGCGAAGCUCACGCGUGCUCAUGGUGGCAUUCUUAAGGCGCUGCGAGAACUCGAGCAGCCCAUUGCCAAGCUCAUCCGCGAAUCUGAGCGUGCGGACGUGAUUGAUCUCACCGGUAACAACCAUCACAGACCCAGGACAGACGAGGACCUCCGCCGCGACCGCAGCUUAGCCAAGGCGACUCUCCUGGAGGCCCGAUGGUCACAGGAAGGCGGGCGAAAUGACAAGAACGACAUUCUUAGGCGCUUCAAGAAAGCGACCGAGCUCGGGUCUACGUUGGAGUCGCCGUUCUUCCACCUCGGUCGAUACUAUGACAUGCUCGCUGCCUCCGAGAAGGACCUGGCGCACAAAUCGGUGUUCAACAACUUCACGUGUGUCAACUACUUUGAAGCGCUUCAGCGCGGUGUCAAGUACAUCUACCAAACGAUGCCGCGUUUGCUCACCGUCUGGCUCGAUCUUGCGGAGGGGAAAAAGAACUCCACUGUGCAGAAGAAUGUGGAUAUUAUCACAAAUCUCAUGGUCCACUCGCAAGACAAGAUCAUGCCGUUCCAGUUCCUCACGGCCUUCCCGCAGAUGAUCUCGCGUAUCACUCACCCGAGCCAACGCGUGCGAGAAACGCUGGUGAUGAUCUUGAGCCGCGUUGUGCGGGCGCACUCGCAGCAAACACUCUGGCAAAUCGUCGGCUCGCUACUGUCCAAACGCAAGGACCGCAUCGAGCUCAUGGAGUCCAUUCUCAGCCGCGCCGCGCAUGAUCUUCGGCGGCGCAUCAAGGACGCUGAGCGCAUGGGAAAACUGCUUCUCCAGUUCUCCAACGACAAGCCUGAGUCUACGAGAGUGGCGGCGACGUCCGUCGCUGUCAAUUACCCUUACCUGCAAAACGCUUUCCCGUCGACGAUGAUCCUCCCUCUGCAGGAUGCGCUCACAGUUGUGUUACCUUCGGCAGGUUCAUCCGCGCUGAGGACCCACAAUGCGUUCCCAGACGAGCCAGUGACAAUCGAAGGCGUCGAGGACAAGAUCGACAUCAUGCCGUCCCUGCAGCAACCCAAGAAACUGGUGUUCAAGGGCAGCGACGGCAAACGGUACCCGUUUCUGUGCAAGCCUCAUGAUGACCUCCGCAAGGACGCGCGUCUGAUGGAUAUGAACUCGAUGCUCAACAAGUUCCUCAAGUCGACAUCCGAGUCGCGUCGCCGCCAUCUCUAUAUCCGCACGUAUGCGGUCAUGCCGCUCAACGAAGAAUGCGGCCUGAUCGAGUGGGUAUCGCACACUCAUGCGCUCAAACCGACCCUCGAGAAACUGUACGACCGGCACAAGAAGAAAGUGUAUACGAGAGAGAUUUACAACAAGUUAGAGACGGCCCGCAAGAGCGAGGACAAAGGAGCCGCACUCAAGAAGGCGUUCCUUCAAAUCGCUGAGCAAUACAAGCCUACUGUAUUCCACGAAUGGUUCAUGCUCAACUGGCCAGAGCCAUCGGCGUGGCUCACCGCACGGACCAACUACGCGCGGACGCUGGCCGUCAUGUCGAUGAUCGGGUUCGUGCUGGGUCUAGGCGAUCGACAUGGGGAGAACAUCCUCUUCGAUGGACUGACUGGCGACACGGUACACGUCGACCUCAACUGCCUCUUCGACCGCGCCAAGUCGUUUGAGGUACCAGAGCGCGUGCCGUUCCGCUUAACGCAAAACAUGGAGGACGCGCUGGGUGUCACGGGCGUCGAGGGUGUCUUCCGCAAGGCUGCUGAGAUCACGAUGGGCAUUCUGCGUUCGAACAGUGACUCGAUGAUGAGCGUCCUCGAGGCGUUCAUCCACGACCCCUUGAUCGAGUGGACGAAAUCGCGACACAAGUCGAAUACGGAGGUGCGCGCGGCGGCGGACAAGAAUCUCGCCCCGAUCCAGCGCAAGUUGCGUGGCGUGGUGGGCCAGACGGAGCAGACGGUGCCGAACCAGGUCGACGCGCUGAUCAAAGAGGCGACGAGAAUUCAGAACCUCUCGCUCAUGUAUGUCGGGUGGGCAGCGUGGCUGUAG